CCCGCAGCCCCAGCCCGGCCCGCGGGCCGGCCCUCCCAGGCGCCCCGCGGUCACCAUGCCUUGGCUGGGGAGCGGGGCGGCGGGCAGCAGGCUGCCUGGAUGCCGCUGCUCCUAGCUGGACAGCCCCGUAAAGAAAGAGACCGAGGGGAGGCUGCGCUGGAGACUAACACGGCUGUUCCUCUGAAACAACAGGGGUGUGAGUGGUUGCUGGACCCAGACUAGGAAGGCGUCCAGUCUGUGAAAAAAAGCCUGUCGGAACAUCUCUGAGGUCUGGUAAAGUUUUGGACAGUGCUUUCCCAAGAGGUGUGAUGAGAAAUGGCUUUAGGAAACAACACCCAGCGAAGUUAUUCCAUCAUCCCAUGUUUCAUCUUCGUCGAGCUCGUCAUCAUGGCUGGGACCGUUCUGCUCGCCUACUACUUCGAGUGCUCUGACACUUUCCAGGUGCAUAUCCAGGGUUUCUUCUGUCAGGAUGGAGAUUUGAUGAAGCCUUACCCAGGAACGGAGGACGAGAGUUUUAUUUCACCUCUGGUGCUGUAUUGCGUGCUGGCUUCGACCCCGACAGCUAUUAUUUUUAUCGGCGAGAUCUCCAUGUAUUUUAUAAAAUCAACCCGAGAAACCCUGAUUGUCCAGGAGAAAACUAUCUUAACCGGAGAGUGCUGUUACCUGAACCCAUUACUACGAAGAAUUAUACGGUUUAUAGGGGUGUUUGCAUUUGGACUUUUUGCCACUGACAUAUUUGUAAAUGCUGGCCAGGUAGUGACUGGGAACUUGGCUCCUUACUUCCUAACGGUGUGUAAACCCAACUACACGGGGAGCGACUGCCGGGCUCACCAUCAGUUCAUAAACAAUGGGAAUAUCUGCACCGGGGACCUGGAGGUGAUUGAAAAGGCAAGGAGAUCCUUUCCAUCCAAACAUGCUGCUUUGAGCAUUUACUCAGCCCUUUAUGCCACGAUGUACAUCACAAGCACAAUUAAAACAAAGAGCAGCAGACUAGCAAAGCCUGUGCUGUGUCUGGGGACCCUCUGUGCUGCCUUCCUCACCGGGCUAAAUCGAGUUUCCGAGUAUCGAAACCACUGUUCGGAUGUGAUUGCAGGCUUCAUCUUGGGAAGCGCGGUAGCGUUGUUUCUGGGAAUGUGUGUUGUCCAUAACUUUAAAGGAACACAUGGAGCUCCUUCUAAACCGAAGCCUGAAGAUCCCCGAGGGAUGCCCCUCAUGGCUUUUCCAAGAGUGGAAAGUCCCCUGGAGACAUUGAGUGCACAGAAUCACUCUGCCUCUAUGACUGAAGUAACCUGAGCUGGAAGAUGGCAAGAGAAGUUAUUUUUUAUUACCCUUCAGUACAAUGCUCCAAGACACACAGUUACUAAAUGUCCAACGGUGACAACCAGUAUUAUGUUAUGUCUAGUUAGAGGCUGAUGUUUUGUACAUUUUUUGUAUGAGGAAGUGAUGUAGCUUGCCCGGAUUUUUUUGUCAGCUUUAAUAUAUUUAUGCCAGAAUUUAAAAACAAAACACAAACAAACAAAAAGAACCCAACCUCUUUUCUUGUUUAAAGUGUGCACUGAGGAACUACAUCUAUGGACUUGUUGAUGUUGUUAUGUGAUAUUUGUACACAGACUUUUCUUUUUUUGUUUUAUAUACAUUGAAAUAAAAUAAUUAUAAUAA